CCCACUGGAAUUAAAUAAGGAACGCUGGUUGACGUCGCCUCUUGAUGAAACUGGCCAGCGCCUCAAAAUUUUAACCUCAGUGCAACCGGUCUGAUCUAGAAUCUAUAAAUUUGAACAGGUAAGGUUGGUUGAAAUCCAUAAAAUUAUUUAUUAUUUUUUAUAAUUCGCCAUGGAUAAUUUAGAGCGCGAUGGAGAGGCGGCUGCUCCAACUAGUUCAUUGGCUUCAUCUCCUUCCGGUUAUAAGUUAUUUAACCGAAAAGGUUCCCUUCACCAAUUCAUGGGAGGCGGCAAAACUGCGGAUAUACUCUUGUGGAAGCGAUGGCAGGUUUCUUUUGCUGUCAUUGUUGUUGCGACUGUUGUGUGGCUGAUAUUUGAGCGAUCUGGAUUACCUUUAUUGUCUAUUUGUUCAGAUGUUUUGCUGUUGUUGAUUGUCGUGAUGUAUGUUCGUGCUAACUUUGCUGCUUAUAGAGAUAAUCAUUUUUUACACAGACAGACAUUACCGGAGUUAGUAUUAUCAGAGGAAAUGGUUAAUAAUGCUGCAGCAUCGUUUCGUGUUAAAAUAAAUAAUGUGCUCCACAUGGCUCAUGAUAUCACAGUUGGCAAGGAUUUUAGACUGUUUUUCCAGAUGGUGAUCUGUCUUUGGCUGCUGAGUGCCAUUGGUAGCUACUUCUCCUUCUUCACUCUAGCCUAUAUUGGAACUAUCUUAGCCAUUACUGUUCCAGCCUUGUACAGCAGAUUUGAAGAACAGGUGGAUAGAUGCUGCGGGUUGAUCCAUAACAAGUUAAGUCAGCAAUAUAAAAUAGUGGAUGAUAAUGUUAUUAGCAGAAUUCCAGGGACUUUAUCAAAGCAAAAAGAUACAUAAUAUCGAUAUUUUUACCAAAAGCAAGAAUCAAAACUUAACUGGUCACGAGUCUGUUUCAUAAUGGAGUAUUUGAGUGUUGGGAACUGACAUGAAAUUGUCAGAAAUGUUUUAUCACCUUUCAUGAAUUGUAGAUUGGUAUGAAAUCCGAGUAUCUUAAAGUCAUUUGCUGUAAUGUCGCACCUUCAAUGAGCCAAAACUUUGAAAAUUUUCUAGUUUCUGUAACUCCUGCUCUGCUUCCUACCCACAUUCUUUUAGCAUCUUCAAAGUUGUGCUUUCGGAAGUACAAAUAUGCAAUUCUGAAGUUACUGCCCUGGCUAUUGUGGUCAACCAUUAUCAGUAAUUCAGAACUAAAACACUUGGGGAUGCUGUAAAUUUCAAGUCCUGUUUGUGUACUUCACGAGCUGGAAAAUGCAGUACAUUUUAUUUUUCUGGUC